GCCCGUCCAUCACCCACCCCCAUCAUUCAAAGAUCCAUUCGUCUCUCGCUUCCUUCGGCUUAUUCGUUUGCCAGUGAUCGGUCGGGCGACCCUGGAAUUAACAGGAGAGGGCCCUUGUCUUUAGCUCCGUUCUACAACCAUGCACGCACACACACGCCCCUUAGUCUGAGGAUGUAGUGGAAUGAAUGGAUUUCGGUCUGCGGGUGUUUGUAUACAUAUGUAGGUAUAUGACGGACGUCGAGUGCUCCUUCUAUUUUCAUCAUCCUCUCCCUCCUCCUCUUCCUCCUCUUCGGUCUGCGCGUUUUCGAUUCUUGCCAUUCCCUCCUUCGUCAUUCUUGUUUUCGUAGAGGAUUCGAGCGCGAGUUUGUCCACGGGCAACUAGAAGGACAAAUAGCAAAUCAUACGAGGGGCUUGGACGGGGUAGACCAGCGACUGCCUGCUCAGGAGAUAUAUCCCGCUCACAUCACGAUCACAACCCACAACAACCGCUACCAUGUCGGCCAACGACACCACGGUCCGGCGGCCGUUCCGCGAGUGCACCGAGGUCUCGCAGCUAUGCCCCGUCGAGAUGACGGUGCUGGCCUACUACCCCAACUUUGGCGCCAACAUCUUCUUCGCCAUCGCCUUUGGUCUCGUCGUGCUCGCCUCGGCCACCAUCGGCACCUGGAAGCGUACCUGGACCUUUAUGCUCUUCGUGACGGGUGGUAGCAUCCUCGAAACAGUCGGCUACGCCGGCCGCGUCCUGCUCCACGAGAACCCCUGGAACUCGAGCGCCUUCCAGAUCCAGAUCUGCACCAUCAUCCUCGGCCCAACCUUCAUCUGUGCCGGCAUCUACCUGACCCUCAAGCACGUCUCGGCGAACCUCCACCCGGCCCUCUCGCGCAUCCGCCCGCGCCUGUACCCGCUCAUCUUCCUCCCCGCCGACCUCACCUGUCUCAUCAUCCAGGCCAUCGGCGGCGGCCUCGCCGCCGCCGCGGGGCAAACGAACAAGAAGCUCCUCGAUGGCGGCAACCAGGCCAUCAUCGCGGGCAUCGUGCUGCAGGUCGUCGUGCUCAUGCUGUUCGGCGCCACCGGCGCAGACUACUGGAUCCGCGUGCGGAAGUGGGCGCACGCCGGCGACCACGGCGCCGGCGACAUCGCGCUGUACCGCGCCAAGAAGUUCAGGUCGUUUAUCUACGCCGUCGCGGUGGCGUAUGCGUGCGUCAUGAUUCGUUGUGUGUACCGUGUCGCCGAAAUGGCGGGCGGAUGGGGAAACCACAUCAUGCAGGACGAGGUCUCGUUCAUGGUCCUCGACGGCAGCCUCGUGCUCGUCUGCGUCACGCUGCUGACCGUCUUCCACCCGGGCAUCUACUUCCCCGCGAUGAGCGUUACCCGCAAGGCGCGGGCCGGCGAGAAGUCCGAAUCCACAACGACGACGACGUCCACGCCCGAGAACGUCAAGGCCGAGUCCGGCCAUCAGUCGGUGUGAGAGAGAGGGCACGAACGGUACAGACGGUGUGUUAUAGAAUGGAAGAGAGAUAUUUGGUUAGACGAAUAAAGUUCAGGGGUUACUUUCUACGACGGGUCGUCUCGGUACGACGAUAAGGACUUUGUUCUAUGGCGUUUGGGGCAUCAAUAUCCAUUCCUUGUUUCCAUUAUUAGCAAACACUAGGCAUCUCCUGGAAGGAUAGAAAGAUACUCGCGGUUUGGAGAGGGCACUAUUGCCUAAGAUGAUAUACUGUUGAUAUCACUCCGAGGUUCUGGACUCCAAUCAAUCUGAAGAGACUAUGGGUUUUUCGUC